GUCAAACAACCCGGUUUUUUCCGCGGAGGGAGGGAGAAUUUCCAAGUUACUGGCAGCUUUAUCUUCAUCCUCCAGGCGGGGAGACGAGCGAACCUAAUAGGCAGCUCUCAAGAGGAUUUAAAGGUUUAAUCCAGUUGGGUUUUACUAUUCCUUAUCGCCUCCGUGCUCCAACCAUGGACUCGAACGCGCCUGCCUCGAGCUCCACUCUUUUCUUAGAUCGCGUCGGCGAGGUUGUUCUCAGUCUUAGCCCUACUGGAUUAUCGUGGAAUCCUGUUUCUAUUGACACGAAUGAAUCUUCUUGCUGUCAGAUCUUGUUUCAUUCAGAGUCUGAAACUGAGAUCCGAUUUUCUGAUGUUUAUGCGGUCGAAUUUGUCGGAUUGGGUUUGAUGAAUGGUGAUAGUAGCGCUGAGAUGUAUCGAUUUGUGGUGCAUGGUUUCCAAAGAGGCAAGAACAGCACUUCUCCUCUCGUUCUUUCUGCUCACACCUUUGGUCAUAGGGAUCUACAGGCAUGCCAAGAAUUGUUUGAACAAAUAGAUGCUUGCGUCAAAUUGCAAGUUGGAAGGCCUAAGAACCUUUUGGUUUUUGUUCAUCCACGAUGCGGGAAAGGAAAUGGUCAAAAAACUUGGGAAGUUGUUGCUCCUUUAUUUUCUCGUGCAAAGGUGACAACAAAGGUAAUAGUGACACAAAGGGCUGGACAUACAUAUGAUAUGCUAAAAUCAUUAACGGACAAGGAGCUUAGGUCUUUUGAUGGCAUUAUUUCUGUGGGAGGGGAUGGACUCUUCAAUGAAGUUCUUAACGGGCUUCUGCAUUCCAGGCAUAAAGCACCUUAUCCACCAGCCCCUACGAAGCUUAGUACUACUGAUACUGAAGAACAGCUUCAGCAGCAUGUUUACGAGGGUAACAACAAUGUCAGAAACUCACUUAACAAUCACCAUGACAUUUUCAUGGAGACUGCAGUAAAGGGUGAAGAUCGUGAACCUCUUCUCUCAGCUUCUGAAUCUCAUGGAUUGGCAACCAGUGAUCAGGAAUCAUUUUGCACAGAUCAGAGCAUUUCAGUUAGCUUCCCCAACGUUUGGCUUAGGCUUGGAAUCAUUCCUGCUGCUGGUUCAACUGAUGCCAUUGUUAUCAGCACAACUGGAAUACGGGACCCUGUUACAUCUGCAUUGCACAUUAUCUUUGGAAAAAAUAUCUCUUUGGAUGUAGCUCAGGUGGUUAGAUGGAAAACCACUCCAUCUUCGACAGAUACGCCUUCAGUACGUUAUGCUGCUUCUUUUGCUGGAUAUGGAUUUUAUGGAGAUGUCAUCAAAGGAAGUGAAAAGUACCGGUGGAUGGGUCCUUCACGCUAUGACUUUAUAGGAACAAAAGUGUUCUUGGAGCAUAGAGCCUAUGAAGCAGAGAUUAGUUUCCUAGAAGCAAAAUCGGUUGAAGCAGUCAGUGAAGCACAAUUGGCUGGGACACACCAAGUACUACUUCCUAGAAGCAGCCCUAAUAAAAGAAUGUGCCGUACUAACUGCAGUGUCUGUAUUGAAGCAACAGAAUCUUCUAAAAUGCUUUCAAAUGGAGGCAACAAUAGCUCUAAUGGUCAAGUUGAGGAUUUGAGAUGGUCACAAAGCAAGGGGCGUUUCCUUAGUGUUGGUGCAGCUGUUAUUUCAUGUCGUAAUGAACGGGCGCCCGAUGGUUUGGUUGCAGAUGCACAUCUUUCUGAUGGUUUUCUCCAUCUUAUACUAGUUAAAGACUGUCCUCGACCUUUUUAUUUGUGGCACCUAACUAAGCUAACAAGGAGGAAUUCUAGUCCACUGGAUUUCAGUUUUGUGGAACAUCAUAAAACGCCUGCAUUCACCUUCGUUGCAAAUCAUGACUCCAGUGUUUGGAACUUGGAUGGAGAACUCUUCCAAGCUUGCCAGGUUACAGUAAGAGCCUGUCAUGGCCUAAUAAAUUUAUUUGCUCCAGGUCCUGAAGUUUAAUAUUUCGCAAAUGGCUUCUUUGAUGCGGAGAUUCCCAAAAGGUUUUGCAUGCAAAUUUGUUAUUUGCAGCUAAAUAACAAAAUAGGUAGCUUUCCCUUUGUUUUCCUGGGGAUAAGGUUACUUAAAUGCAUUGCUUUACAGGCUAUUUUUAGACGGUGUGGGGGCUAAAUUUGUCUUGUAAUCAAGAAUUUUUUAUGAUUUAUAUCCCUUCUAAUCUUUUUUUUUUAUAAUGAAGUGAUAAAUGAAUGUUAAAAAUGUAUGAUAGAGACAACUUUCUUGAAUUCAUAUGGAUCCUUUUGUCA